AUGAAUGAAAUAAAAGACUAUGUUCAAGAUCACCUUCAACAAACGCCUCGAGUUAUUUGGGAGAACAUCGGCACAAAUUAUCCAAAUAUUACUGAAAAACAGAUCUAUUAUUGGUGGCUAAAUCUAAGUCAGCAUCUGUGGAAAAAAGAUGACAAUCAAAUUCAGUCAGCUAUUAAAAUUAUCGAAUCAUAUACUGGUAUUGAAAUAAUAUUAACAAUUACAGAUGAUGAGGUUACUAUGAUUAGCUUUGGAAUUAUAGAAAUAAUUAAUCGACUAGGAGUAAAUGCCGUUGAGAUUGGCAUAGAUGCGACGUGUAUGUAUUCAUAUCUGUUUUUAGCCAAAUCCUUUUUCAAAAUCCAAAAUGCUUCACUUUAUUAG